GUAGGAGGAGCUAACUAGCCUAGCCACCACCGAGCAGCUGAUGUUUACACCGCUGGUCCCGCCCACUCUGACCUCCUCUGCUCUCCCAUUGGCUGAAGCGAAGCGCCUGCUAAUCUGAUCCAAUCGGCGUCGAGGGCUCAUUAAUAAUGCAAUAAACUCUAACUCAAAGGUUUCCUGUAAAUGGAGAGAGGAGGAGUUACGCUGAUCCAGGUGAUGUAAGAACAUGAGAACAGGGAGGGAACCUGAAAGAGGAAGUGUUCAGUCAGUCCAGACGCCAUUUGAGUCGACGGAGCAGAAGGAUGAAGACUGUAGACUGAAGCAGGGCUGACUUCAGAUCAGAAGAUGAGUGAUUGUGUGGAGGAAGAGGAGGACGGAGCAGAGUCUCCAGUCUCUGGCUGUCUGUCUGUGAAGAGUGAUCAGUCUAAAGAUGAUCCUCUGACCUUCAGUAAUGAACCUGGACCCUCAGAGUCAAAAGUUCAGUACAGACGGAGAGCAGAGUCUCCAGUACCCAGCUGUCUGUCUGUGAAGAGUGAUCAGUCUAAAGAUGAUCCUCUGACCUUCAGUAAUGAAGCUGGACCCUCAGAGUCAAAAAAGAAGAAGAGGAGUCAUGCUUCUGUGGAGGAGCUAUCCAGAACAAGACCUGGACCUCAGACAGCCAGUCAGACCAGCACUGAGGUUGUAGAUGAACAUAAGAUCAGUCUGAAGGAGAGAUGUGAAUGUGUGACUGAAGGAACUGAUGAAACAGGAAGUGGAACCCUCCUCAACAGGAUCUACACUGAGCUCUACAUCACAGAGGGACAGAGUGAAGAGGUUAAUACCCAACAUGAGGUGAGGCAGCUUGAGACAGCGUCCAAGAAGAAGACCCUCCAUGACGCUCCAAUCAAGUGCCAGGACAUCUUUAAAGCCUUACCUGACCAACAGGGACACAUCAGAGUCGUUCUGACGAACGGCGUCGCUGGCGUUGGAAAAACCUUCUCAGUGCAGAAGUUCACUCUGGACUGGGCAGAGGGCUUGGAGAAUCAAGAUGUCAGUCUGGUGGUUCUGCUUUCGUUCAGGGAGCUGAACUUGAUCAGAGAUGAGCAGUACAGUCUUCUCAUGCUGCUCCAUGUUUUCCAUCCAACAUUACAGAAGGUCACAGCAGAGAAGCUCGCUGUCUGUAAAGUUCUGUUCAUCUUUGACGGCCUGGAUGAAAGCAGACUUUCACUGGAUUUCAAGAACAAGAAGGUUGUGUCUGAUGUCACCCAGAAGUCAUCAGUCAACGUGCUGUUGACAAACCUCAUCCAGGGGAAUCUGCUUCCCUCAGCUCUCGUCUGGAUAACUUCCCGACCUGCAGCGGCCAAUCAGAUCCCUCCUGCAUGUGUUGACAGGGUAACAGAAGUACGAGGCUUCACUGACGCCCAGAAGGAGGAGUACUUCAGGAGGAGAGUCAGUGAUGAAGAGCUGUCCAGCAGAAUCAUCUCACACGUCAAGACAUCCAGAAGCCUCCACAUCAUGUGUCUAAUCCCAGUCUUCUGCUGGAUCACUGCUACAGUUCUGGACCACAUGUUGACUACAGACCAGAGAGGAGAGCUGCCCAAGACCCUGACUGACCUGUUCUCACACUUCCUGUUGGUUCAGACAAAGAGGAAGAAGCAGAAGUACGGUGAGGGACGUGAGACGAGUCCACAGGAGCUGAUGGAGGCUGACAGAGAAGUUCUUCUGAAGCUGGGGAGGCUGGCGUUUGAACAGCUGGAGAAAGGAAACAUCAUGUUCUACCAAGAAGACCUGGAGCGGUGUGGUCUGGAUGUCACAGAGGCCUCGGUGUACUCAGGAGUUUGUACAGAGAUCUUCAAAAGAGAGAGUGUGAUCUUCCAGAAAACAGUCUACUGCUUUGUUCACCUGAGCAUUCAGGAGUUUCUGGCUGCAGCCUACAUGGUCCACUGUUACACAAACAGGAACACAGAGGUACUGGAGGCCUUCCUGGGAGAAGACUUCAAGCACAGAGAGUCAAACCCAAAGUCUCUUCUCAAGAAAAUCUCUAACAACAAUGACCAUUACCCAUCUCUGGAUGUCUUCCUGAGGAGAGCCAUGGAGAAAUCCCUUGAAAGUAAAAGUGGCCACCUGGACCUGUUUGUUCGCUUCCUUCAUGGCCUCUCUCUGGAGUCCAACCAGAAGCUCUUAGGAGGUCUGCUGGGUCAGACAGACAACAGUCCAGAAAUCAUCAAGAGAGCCAUCAACAACCUGAAGGAGAUGAACAGAGAUAAUACCUCUCCUGACAGAAGCAUCAACAUCUUCCACUGUCUGACAGAGAUGAACGACCACUCGGUACAUCAGGAGAUCCAAGAGUUCCUGAAGUCAGAGAACAGAUCAGAGAAGGAACUCUCUGAGAUCCACUGCUCAGCUCUGGCCUACAUGCUGCAGAUGUCAGAGGAGGUUCUGGAUGAGUUGGACCUGAAGAAGUACAAGACAACAGAGGAGGGACGACGGAGACUGAUUCCAGCUGUGAGGAACUGCAGAAAAGCUGAACUUUCUCACUGUGGACUCUCAGAUACUCACUGUGAAGUUGUGGCCUCAGCUCUGAAGUCCAACCCCUCCCAUCUGAGAGAGCUGGACCUGAGUCACAACCCCUACCUGCAGGAUUCAGGAGUGAAGCUGCUGUCUGCUGGACUGGAGAGUCCAAACUGUAGACUGGAGACUCUGAGAUUGAGGAGCUGCAGGUUGUCAGAGAUCAGCUUUGCUUCUCUGGCCUCAGCUCUGAAGUUCAACCCCUCCCAUCUGAGAGAGCUGGAUCUGGGACUCAACGACCUGCAGGAUUCAGGAGUGAAGAUGCUGUGUGGUUUUCUGGAGAGUCCACACUGUAGACUGGAGACUCUGAGAUUGAGGAGCUGCAGUUUGUCAGAGAUCAGCUGUGCUUCUCUGGCCUCAGCUCUGAAGUCCAACCCCUUCCAUCUGAGAGAGCUGGAUCUGAGAGAAAACAUCCUGCAGGAUUCAGGAGUGAAGCUCCUGUGUGGUUUUCUGGAGAGUCCACACUGUAAACUGGAGACUCUGAGAUUGGGGAGAUGCAGUUUGUCAGAGAUCAGCUGUGCUUCUCUGGCCUCAGCUCUGAAGUCCAACCCCUCCCAUCUGAGAGAGCUGGAUCUGCAUGAAAACAAGCUGCAGGAUUCAGGAGUGAAGUUGCUGUGUGGUUUUCUGGAGAGUCCACACUGUAGACUGGAGACUCUGAGAUUGUGGUGCUGCAGUUUGUCAGAGAUCAGCUGUGCUUCUCUGGUCUCAGCUCUGAAGUCCAACCCCUCCCAUCUGAGAGAGCUGAAGCUGGAUGACAACAAGCUGCAAGAUUCAGGAGUGAAGCUCCUGUGUGGUUUUCUGGAGAGUCCACACUGUAAACUGGAGACUCUGGGAUUGAGUCUCUGCAGUUUGUCAGAGAUCAGCUCUGCUUCUCUGGACUCAACUCUGAAGUCCAACCCCUCCCAUCUGAGAGAGCUGGAUCUGAGCCUCAACAAGCUGAAGAAUUCAGGAGUGAAGGUGCUGUGUGAUCUUGUGGAGAGUCCACGCUUUAGAGUGGAGUCUCUGGAGAUCGACAAGAAGGACUACACAGCUGCCGGACACAAAGAGUAUGUCAAACUGAAUGAGGGAAUAAAGCUACCUGAGGACGACGAAAAGGCUCCAACAUCCUUCUCACCUGAGCAGACAGCUGGAUCUUCAUACAGGAUCAACAUGAAGGACUACAGAGCUGCCAAACACAAAGAAUGUGACUCAGAUGUCAAACUGAAUGAGGGAAUAAAGCUACCUGAGGACGAGGAAAAGGCUCCAACAUCCUUUUCACCUGAGCAGACAGCUGGAUCUUCAUACAGCUUCAGGUGUCCUGGUCCAGGUGUGUUCCAGUGUGCUUUGACUGGACUGGUGUUCGUCAUGGCUCAGGAGGCGGAGCUACAGUACAGGACCGUCCAAUGGGAUGAGAGCUUCCUCCAUUCAGCUGGCAAAAUGGCCGCAGGGCCGCUGUUCAACAUCAAGUGUUCUGAGGAUGCUGCUCUCCGUCAGCUCCACCUCCAACACUGUGACACAAAGGAAGCAUUGCUCUGUGACGGCCUGUUGUCUGUCGCUCACAUCUCUGAUUAUGGAAUGAGCAUCUUGGAGCCGCUGGAGAUUACAGACACUCAUGUGGUUGUGAAGAUCUCUCACCUCUCUGCCUUUGGCCUGAUCUGGGAUCCGAUUCUUAGGAUUCAGAACCUCAUAUGGCCGAUAAAUGGACAAGUUCUGCUGUUCCUCCGACCGCCCACCAGAACACAACAAGUACUCAAUGUCUUUCUGCUGAACAGCAACGUCGAUGUAACCGAGGUUGAGGCCCGACAAAGAGGUGCUACGUACAUCCCGAUCUCUGCCGACUGUCUUCUCAACUUUGGUCAAAGUUACAGUGUCCACUGUGAACCUGAGGGCUUCACAAUACAAUCUGAACGUGCACAAUUUGACUCAGAUUAUGGACCAAAUUACCAUCCCACAUUUGAGGUUUUCCUGACUACGAUCCCAGAGAAAGUGACUUUGAUGGUCCGGGAUCAAGAGGGGACGGACAUCUGGAAACAUGAAGUGUGUCUGAAAGAUGUCAAACUGAAUGAGGGAAUAAAGCUACCUGAGGACGAGGAAAAGGCUCCAACAUCCUUCUCACCUGAGCAGACAGCUGAAUCUCCAUACAGCUUCAGGUGUCCUGGUCCAGGUGUGUUCCGGUGUGCUUUGACUGGACUGGUGUUCGUCAUGGCUCAGGAGGCGGAGCUACAGUACAGGACCGUCCAAUGGGAUGAGAGCUUCCUCCAAUCAGCUGGCAAAAUGGCCGCAGGGCCGCUGUUCAACAUCAAGUGUUCUGAGGAUGCUGCUCUCCGUCAGCUCCACCUCCAACACUGUGACACAAAGGAAGCAUUGCUCUGUGACGGCCUGUUGUCUGUCGCUCACAUCUCUGAUGAUGAAAUGAGCAUCUUGGAGCCGCUGGAGAUUACAGACACUCAUGUGGUUGUGAAGAUCUCUCACCUCUCUGCCUUUGGCCUGAUCUGGAAAAAGAUUCGGAACAAGAUAUGGCCGAUAAAGGGCCAAGUUCUGCUGUUCCUCCGACCUCCCACCAGAACACAACAAGUACUCGAUGUCUUUCUGCUGAACAGCAACGUCCCUGUAAGCGAGGUUGAGGCCCGACAAAGAGGUGCUACGUACAUCCCGAUCUCUGCCAAGUGUCUUUUCAACUUUGGUCAACGUUACAGUGUCCACUGUGAACCUGAGGGCUUCACAAUACAAUCUGAAUGUACACCAUUUGACUCAGAUUAUGGACCAAAUUACCAUCCCACAUUUGAAGUUUUAAUGACUACGAUCCCAGAGAAAGUGACUUUGACGGUCAAGGCUCAAGAGAGGACAGACGACGUCUGGAAACGUGAAGUGUGUCUGACAGAUCUAACAAUGGAAAUCCCUCAGAGGAACGUCCCAGCAGAGGACAGCGUCCCACCAGAGGACAGCGUCCCACCAGAGGACAGCGUCUCACCAGAGGAGAGGCUGCGGUUGGUUCGAACAAAGUUUGUAGAGGGAAUGUCUGAUCCUAAUCUGAACAAGCUUCUGGAUGAACUCUUUCAGCGUCGCGUCAUAAGCGAUGGUGAAAUGCAGUCAAUCAGAACAAAAACCAGGGCAGAUAAAGCACGAGACCUGAUCGACACGGUGCGACUAAAGGGAACUGAAGCCAGCUCAGUUCUGAUCGCUGCUCUCCGUAAGGACGAUCCGUGGGUGUUCAGAUCUUAGGCUGAAGCAAAAGCUAGAAGCUGGAGUGUGAUGAUGAAUCUCUAUAAUAUCUGGCUGUUUCAGAGACUCACAUCACUUAUUGUUGUCUUUAAAUGAUAAAUCCCGUCGUGGAAGCCUGUGUGGACUUUCACUCUGAAGGUGAUUCACUGAAGUUUGGGG